AUGGUUUUUCAGUUGCCAGUGGCAGUAUCAUUACUUGCCUGGAAAGCCAUCUAUUUUUUAAAUGAAAAGACGUUACCACAAGAUAAUCAAAAAAUGAGAUCAUGUUUAGGAGGUAAUUUAUAUGCAUAUGAGUUGCCCGCUCCUCCUGAGAUACAGUCUAUAACAGAGGAAGAAGAGAGAAAUGGAGGUCAGAUGAAAGAAAGUAUUGGUUUAAGUGAAAUACAAAGAGGAAUAACUGCCAAACGAUUAACAACUGCAAAUGGCAGCGUACCAAAUGGUCAAGUUCCCAACAUAGAAGCAGCAACUACUAAUGGAAGUACGAGUAAUUUAUUAGGCUCCCCAUGUCAUUCACGCAGUCCCAGUAAUGUCAGUAAUAUUGUUGAUAGCAUGAGCAAAUCAACCGAAUUAUUUGAUGGUUUUGUUAUUGGUGUUCAUCGGAAAAUGAUUUUGAUGGAUGUGUAUUUCCUAUCAUCUCAGAAAACACGUCCCAGUUUAUUUGGUACACCUAUUAUUAUACCAUGUCGUGAAAAAACAGCCAAUCAAGAUUUAUACCAUUUUGUUUGGGCGCAGGUGGCUAGAUUAGUCAGUCCACUACCACCUUCAGAACAAAAAACAGCAAACCAUGCUCAAGAUUGUGAUGAUAGUCUAGGCUAUGAAUUUCCAUUUACGUUAAAAGUUGUCCAAAAAGAUGGUUUUACGUGUGCAAAAUGUCCGUGGUAUAGGUUUUGUCGUGGUUGUAAAUUAGAAUGUAAUAGCAAUUUAUUUAAUAAUGCUGGAUCAUUUGUAGCUAUAGAUUGGGAACCUACAGCUUUACACUUACGUUACCAAACUACACAAGAGAGGUUUUAUGAAGAACAUGAAAGUGUAGAAGAAAGUCGAAGAAAACAAACAGAACCUAUAGAUUUAGAUACAUGUUUACAAGCUUUUACAAAAGAAGAGGAAUUAGGAGAAGAUGAAUUGUAUUAUUGUUCUAAAUGUAAAAAACAUUGUUUAGCAUGUAAAAAACUUGAUAUUUGGCGCUUACCCCCUGUACUUAUUAUUAACCUAAAACGAUUCCAGUUUUUAAAUGGAAGAUGGGUGAAAUCACAUAAAAUUGUCAAAUUUCCUUUCAAAGAUUUUGAUCCUACACAUUAUCUAGCUCAGAGACCAUCUCAAACUGAUGUCAAAAAUCCCAGAAGCCAAUCAAAUACUUCCUUACAUUCCACUCCAGCCAAUGGUAUCGUAGAUAGGAAUUCGAACACAAACAAAUCAGGUUUGCACCAUAAUAUUCUUAUGAAUAACAGUUUUGGUGAAAUGAAUGAAGUGAAUUUAGAUGAAGAUGAAGAUUAUAAAGAUGCACGUUAUGACUUAUACGCUUUAUCUUGUCAUACUGGUAUUUUAGGAGGUGGUCAUUAUGUAGCCUAUGCAAAAAAUCCCAAUAAAAAUUGGUACUGUUAUAAUGACAGUAGUUGUAAGGAAAUUCAGGAGAGUCAAGUUGACACGAAUUCAGCAUAUAUAUUAUUCUAUGAACGCCAUAAUUUAGAUUAUAAUAAAUUCAUGCCAGACGUGACGGGGAAGGAACCAGAUAUCUCGGAAAUUGAUGAUGAAUUUGAAUCAGAUUUAAAGAAGAUUUGUGUUGUUCAAUAA